GUGGCAUGCCAAAUAGCCAAUUGAAACAUCAUGAUGUACCUGUUGUGUGUUGUUCUAGUAAAAUUGUAAAUGUUGCUCGUAAUCUGCACAGUCAGUGUUGAUUAUAUAUAUGGCAGAGGUGCAGGUCAUUUGAACGGUUGUUAAAAUUGUUUUACAAGAUAAGACAGUAUGGCUGACACACCGCCAGUAACGGAGCAACAGAAGGAAUUGGCUGUGCAAGCAAUGCAGGAGUUUGACAGGAAACAGUUUACAUCAUGCUGUAAUAUCAUGAACAAAUUGAUGGCCCUGAGAGGAUCAGAUCCGAGGGUGGUUCACAAUAAAGCUGUAGCCGACUUCUGUCUGUCUGGUUCACAAAGCACAGACGAGUUCAGACAAAGUUUAGCAAAUGUUUGUCUAAUGGCACAUGUCAAUCUAGAUUGUGGGGAGAGUCUGGAGGAUGUAGAUCAUAGUGUUCUCUUCUACAACCAGGCUAUCAUACUGUAUCAUCUUCGACAGAAUAAAGCAGCACUCAAUAUUCUUGAUAAACUCUUCCCAUUUAUUGAUCCUAUAAAUUCAUCGGGAGAUGAGUCAUUAUGCAAGAAAGUGUUGUUUUUACAAGUGGAACUAUAUCUGUGUACAUACCAACCUGAAAAAGCAAUGGGCCUGUUAACUUACAUUGAGAAAAAUGUGUUCAAUGGAAAGAAUAUGUCAACAGAUAAAGAAGGCUCGAGUAGUAAAGAAGAUAGCAAGGAAAGUUCACCUACUGGUGAAUCAACAUGGGAAAACUGGAAACCUAUACUUAGUGUGUUCAAGACACGAUGUUUAAUUAUGAUGAAGUCUAUGAAAUCUGUGAAGAGAGAAAUAAAAGUACUUAUGAAUGUGCAAUCAUCGAAUACAUCAGUGGUGUUUUUGAAGGCCAAUUUUGAGUAUUUAAGAGGUAACUACAGAAAAGCAAUGAAGAUGCUGGGUUCAGGUCCACAGAUGUAUACAGAUAAAGGAGAAUGUCUGACUGUGAUGCACUAUAACAACUUAGGUUGUAUACAUUUCCACCUGCGUAAACACAAUCUAGGAGCGUUUUAUUUCCGCAAGGCAAUACAGGAGAAUGAGAACGUAGUACGGGAGAUGAGACGUAGCACGGAUCAACAAAAUCGACAACAUGGAGGUGAUACUGGUGCAAGUAGAUCACUGUCUGGGCGUCCCUUACACUGCCUCGGGAUGAGUCGGCAUUUUGAACUGAGUACAAUAUGGGCCCUUAAAAUGUUGCAUUGUGGGAAGGCCCCUGCCGCAUUUUAAUUUUUUAAUAAAACAGUACAGAUUUACCAGAUCAACCCGCACCUCUGGCUACGACUGGCUGAGUGUUGUAUUAUGGCUUAUCGAGAGAACAAUGAUGAUGACAGAAAGUUACAGAAAAGACAAGAGGUUAUCCAGGGGUCAGUGGGUAGUGGUGUACAUAGAAAGCUGAUCCUGGGACCAGGAGUAAACCAGGAUAAAAACAGUGUUGGUACACCAGCAAUUCCUGCCGCUACACUAGAAUUUGCCUCACUGUGUUUGAGGAAUGCCCUUCUUCUGUUACCAGAGGUGACAGCGGAAACCACGGCAGCAGAACAGAAUGAAGAUAAAGAAGACGGAAAACUUGGCACAGAGCCAGUGUUAGUGCAGGCACCUCCGGGAAAUCCAAUGAGGACUCCAGAGGCACAUAAUCUCAGAUGUUCAGUGCUAUGUGCCAGUUCCUAUGUGGCCCUAUGUUUAAAUGAUUACACAAUGGCAUUACAGUAUGCUGAAACACUGCUGAAACAACCAAAGCUUUCUGGUGCCCAAAGUUAUUUAGCCCAUAUGUAUAUGGGUGAGGCCCUGGUGGCUCUAGAUCGUAUAGCUGAUGGUAUACAACAUCUCAAUCCUGACCUAGUCACAGAUAUAUCUACAACUCUACCAGAUACUAAAACUGAACAAGAUAAAACAGACAAACUUGAUAAAGGUGAUAAGGAUCUAGAAACACCAGAAAUAAAAGGUGCAUUUUAUCCUUGGACGCCGAGAGAUCCUCGAACAGCCAAAGCUAUUAUACAGUACAACUUAGCAGCAGCUCAUGCAGUCAGAGAAGAGUAUGACAAGGCUGCUGCCAAUCUAGGGGAGAGUUCAAAGUUUAUUGGAGCUCCACUGCCAGCACAGAUGUACUUUCUCAAGCUGUAUUUAGAUCUGAUUGAAGGGAGAAGGAAGAUGGCCCAGUUUGUAAUCAAAGAACAUUUUGGUCAUGUGACACCAAAUAGAAUUGAUGUUAAAAUGGAAAUGAAAAUGGCAGCCAAACAGGGUGGGAAUAACAACAGCUCCUGGACUGCUGAAUAAUCAGAUUUUAUAGUUAGUUCUGUGAUCAAAUCUGGUGAAGGUAGUGAUAACAGUAACAUCUUAGUGAUUAAGGUUUGUGAAAUUGCUAAUAGCUGUGGCUUCUUGUUGAAAACUGUAAUAAUUCUUGGACAACUGAGUGAUCAAUCCUGGUAGAAAUAUUGGUAUCUCUUGUACAUCAUAGGGAUCAUUCUCUGACAUCUGUCUGAUCAUUCUUGAUCAUUCUUGAUCAUCUUGGACAUCUAAAUGAUCCUUCUUGAACACCUGAGUGAUCUGUUCUGGUGAAUCCCUGUAACUAUGACAAACUGGCAAAAAUAAAAGCAGUAUCUAAUUGACAUUUGAGUGAUCACUCAUAGAUACUGGGCAUCAUAGUGAUCAAGCCUGGAGAAAAUACUAACAGCAGUAUUUCUUGAACAUAUGAGUUAUCAAACCAAGUGGAAAGAAAUGUAAUUUUAUGUAUCAGAAUUUUAAAUCCCUGCUGAAAAUUAUGUUGAACAUUAUGAAUACGAUAAACAUUGCUUUGUUUAUUACAAUAUUAGGCAGCUGAUUCUAAGAAGUUUGCUGUCAAAAUAUUCAUGGAUUGACCAAAAAAAAAAAAAAAAAAACUGUUAUGACAUGAAAAUUGUGUAUUAAAUGCCUAGACAUGUAUUUUCAUUUCAAAAGUUGCUUAUUUUUUUGCGAAAAAAAGUGAGUAUUUGAUCAACAAAAUAAAACAAUGCGGAAAAAUACAAGAAAUUGGAGGAAGGAAGAAAAAAAAGUUGAAAACCUCUUCUAAACAUUCAGUGUUGAACAUUGUCUGGGGUUUUUAAGAGUAAGGAGGUUUUUAGGAUAAAAUGUUCACAGGUUUUUGCUUAAAAACACUAGAAGAAUCUGUGAACAUUUUUAAGGUUUUCUUAUUAAAAUAUCAGAGAUCUUUUUCCAUUAUCUGGUGUCUCAAGGAGGAAUUUUUUAGUUUUUAUGUAUUGUUAAACUGUGAUCUGAGUUUCAAGAUUUGAUUGCUAUGUGUGGCCUGUGAUCUAUGUUGUGUUUCUUGCAUGAUUUGUGUGAAGAUUCAAUAAAUCUAAGGAUUA